AUGACAGCGGGUAUAUAUCGUACAAUUGUUAGGUUACUAGGCUUUCAAGAUGAGCAGUUUUCUGCGUUACAAUGUAUGGUAUUCUUACCUUGGUCUUACCUGUGGAGGAUAUCAGAUUUUGGUACAGCUUUUAUGCUUACCGCAUUAUCUGUCGAUAGAAUAUUGGCUGUUUUUAGACCUCUUCGUUAUAUGACCUAUGGAAAAACUUAUGCUCUUUCGGUAAUUGGUCUAGUAAUUUUAUUUGGUAGCAUAACGGCAUUUUAUCCAAUGCCAACGAUGAAUACGACGUCUAUGUUAUGUACCACACAUUAUAUAUCGCCUGUAACUUAUCAAGCGUCUAAGUAUUUGUCAAGUACUGCAUCCGGUUUUAGCGUACUUAUGUAUGUCCCAAUUUCGCUAAAAUUAUGGGCACAUAGUGCUGAUAUGCAAUCAAUGGGCAUGAAUGUACAACAGUAUCAAAUGUCUUGGACAGUUGGAAUAUCAUGUUUUUGCACACUUUUUCUGGAUACUAUUCCUCGAGCCGUUGGCGUUUGGGGUUAG